UGGGGAUCUAAUCUAAUUGUGAGACAGAUUUCGAGCUGAUCUUUAGUGAAUUUGACACCAAUGGAUAUAUCACUACAAAUAACUUCAACAUAUUAGGGGAUGUAAUGGAUUUCUUGUUAUUGUGUAUUCCAUGUGUCGAUGACCAUUAAGAGACAGUUUUGAAGAUGCAGAUAUAGCACUUGCAGUUACGCACAAAUUUAACUGUUUAACGGGAGCGAAAAAUUUGGUUUCCUAGUCCAAGAGUGACUAUUGAAAAAAUCGGUUGUAUCACUUUGAUGAAGGAAUAAAUAUAGCGAAUUUAUAAUUUUUGACCGAAACUUUCUUUCUGAGAAUCCUAAAGCUUGAUUGAAGUGUUGAGUGACGAAAAUAUUCAAAUCUUUAAAUUGAGCAGUGGAAUAUGCAUCGGUGUGUUACCGACGAGCUGUCAUUUGAGUGUCGGAGUUACUAGUAUUUAGUUUGGCCAUCGUGGUGCGUUAGUAUCAUUUUUACCGAGGUACGCGAGACGCGCUCUGCGUUCGAUGUUCCAAUAAAAUAUGUGAUUAACCAAGUAUCCCGAUGAUCCCUUACCGCGGGAUAUCGCGUGUCUGUAUCUUCAGAUCUUGGAGAAUGACUCUCACCCUGAUUUAUAGCCUGUAAGCCUGUGUGAUUGUGAUUUAGUGCUAUCAAAGUUUGGACACCGUCACUCAACGCCAUUUUGUGACCCCUUACGAAGACGUAAACAUCACGCUUUCUAAUCGUAUUUAUGACUAUACAAUAUACCCACAAACCGUUUUUUGAAUAUUCUAAUCUGCACUACGUAUUUUGCUUUUCCAACAUUACACAGUCGAUAAUUAUAUGGUAACCUCAUUAAUGUAUGCCUUCCAUUUCGCGCCAAAUUGGUUGCUGCACCUGGUGCAUCUGCCUGCUUAGAAAACAGCUGUCUUGGGCUUGAACUUGUUAUCACUUAACUGUCAUUUUUACUCAAAAGACACCUGACGUUUCGUACAACCACCUGCACUAGGAAUCUCCAAACUAGAUUUGCUACACUAAAAAUCAAUCUGUUUUUAAUUGUUUUAGCGUAUUCUUUAGGUAGUCUGAUUAUGUCACUAUCCGUAUGCAUAUCAACGUGCAACUCAUGUGAAGACCUGCAUGGCUAAGAACCAGUUUUAUAUCACCUCUCUUCCUUACAGUGUUUGCUGUGUUGCGAGUUCUUGGACAUAACCUAAUUCUUGCCGAAAACGUUCGCUGUACCAAGAUAAAGAAUAAAAACAUUUGCUGGUGAAUGUUUCCGUUGUUGACAACGUUAUAUUUAUACAUGUGAACAUGUAUGUCUGUAAAUAUAGAUUCACUGUUGCGUUGAAACGUGGAUAAUUUUGAUACAUCGUUAAAAGAAAUGCAAAGUUACAAGGGAUGCUCUUCUAUCCUUACCUGAUUAAUGUAAGAUAGUUUUAAACAAUGUCCGGCGAUUCGGGAUGGAGUGCGGUUAUCCACCGUCCUUCAGAAUUGGAAUUGGAAAACUGGAAUUGGGAUGAAAAUGAUGGAGAUCAAGAAAGAGAACUCCCAUCAACCGUAGAUAUGGAUGCCAUUAAAGGAGGCGGGAGCUGGGAUCCCCCAAACGGACCUAAUGGUACAGACUCCGUAGACUCGGAGGAUGAUUCUGAAUCAGAUGAAGAAAGUUCUGCAGGAUCGGAUGGAAGUUGUUCUUUUUCUGAAUCGAAUUCUGAUUCAGAGGGAGAAAGUACGGCUGAGGAAGAAGAAGGUGAAGAUAGUGGUUCCGAUACAGACUGUACAUCUGAGCGAAGUGAGCAAACCUUCUCAAUUCGGGAAACAAAUUUUGAACAGCCUACUACUAUCAAACGUGAUGACCACCGGGAGGACACAUUGACUAUUCUGGGAGCAUUGAAACUGAAAAUUGCGUUGAAGGCUUCUAAGAAAGAGGAUGCGGAUAAGAGCAAGUGUGAAAAACCUCGACGACCUGCAUCCAGACGACCCAAGGUUUCUAGUCGCAGUGCUAAGGUAUCGGAAUGUAGCAGUGAUGAAUCUGAGACAGCUGCCGUUCGCCCAGCACCACCGCAGCAGCCACUUCAGGAGAUCAAUCAGGAAGAUUUGGCUGCUAUUUUACCUGAUCAAGAACAUGAAGAUGCUCCCUUCGAUGGUUUCGAAGAUUCUGAAAGCGGCCGCUUGGUCUCUAAGGCAAUUGAAAGAAUGUCUCUUGGGGCGGAUUCUGACUCUAGUGAAAAUCCAGAUCAGAACCCUGUGCCUGUAUACAGUUCUACUUUACUACAACAGUUUGUCGAGAAAACAGCCAUGCUUUCGGAGCCUAGAAAAAGGCGCAGCAAGGCUCUGAAGAAGUCUAAUGAUCCUGAAUAUGGUUCUAUAUCUAAUGUUUCUCCAGAUUCAGGAAUUCAAUCUGUUAAUAAUAGUCCACUGCACUUAGGUGCAGGUCCUGUGAGUCCCCUGGCCACCCCAUCACCGGUACAGACAGCUCAGUCAAAGCCUGCCGUUAAUGUAGAUAGAAUUUUGUAUCCUCCAAAAAGAAAACCUGGAAGACCCGCUAAAAGCAUCUCUACCCAACCAAGAGGUCCUGGCAGGCCAAAACUGAAACCUGAAAUUAUUGAAAAGAUUGAAAAAAUCGAAAGGAAUGAAAGUCCAGGCCUUAAGAAACCAAAAGAAGAUGUUGCGAAUGGUAAAAGCACAAAAUUACCUAGUAGUACUCAGGACAACGCUAAGGCAUCUGACGAAAGUAAAGAUGAAUCUGGUGGUAAAUCUAAAAAAUCUAAGAACAAAAAACAUUCUCAAGAAAAAAAAUGCAGCCCCCUCAAGACGACUCAAGACAGAGUAGCUACGAAAUCUGAAGAAGUAAAUAACCCCCAGGAUAAGUGCCUAAAUAAAUCUAAUAAGCAAGCUAAGAAUCUCCCUCAGAGUGAUAAAACUGUCUGUAAAAGAGUCAAGCAAGAAAAGUCUACAGGCUCUAUAAAAGUAACAUCAUCGCCGGCGCGACAAAAGUGUUCGUCUGCUCAAAGUCAGGUUGAAGAGAAAUCGACUCAUAGUAAAAAAGUUGCAAAGGAAAAUAGGGCUGAUACUUCACCUGCAUCCAGAAAGCAUCCUGACGUUAAAAGAGUUACAACAUCAGCUCCUCGGAGAGUUUUGAAAGAGAAUAAGAAUAGUAAAAAAUCUACUCUUAAUUCCGUAACAUCUGCAGUUGGACGUUCUACAGCGAUAGCUUUAGCCUCCGAUGACAAAAUAAAGUGUGUCAAUCCAGCAAACGAGUCGAAAAAUAUACUUUUAAACCCUAUCCAUAAUCACCGUCGUAAACAUCAUCACAAGCAUAGAAGACGAUACUUAUUACCUCCUAAAACUCCAGUACGUGUUGAUCCCUGUGUUAUUCAAGAACUGGAAAAACUGAUUGAAGAGUUUUCAAAGUGUUGUAGCUUGGGAAGAACCAGUACAAACUCCAUCCACUCUGAGCUGCCACAGAUUUUUCGUGUGAAAAAAAUGACUAAAAAACGAAAAGGUGGAGACACUAAUUUGAACGAAGAGCAAAAAUUAAAACGGCGACUGAAAAAAGAGAAGAUCUCUUCAAGUGCGGAUUCUAAAAAUAACACAAGUGCCAACUCAAAUUCGAACUCAAAUGAACAAAGGUUACCUUUGAAAAAGAGGCACUAUCAUGUCUCCAGUCCUCACAGCUCGCAAAGUUCGAAUGCAAGUUGCGCAGACAUCAGUAAUGUGGAAACCAAUUCUACCGAAAGUCACAUUGAAGAAGCUAUAGAAGCUACAAUCACGAGAUAUAGUAGCAGUCCAUCUCUUAAUAAAGAAGCUAUUCCUGUGACUCCAAAGAAAAGGCAUAGAGAUGCUGAAAGUGCUGCUCUGGAGAAACUGGAAAAUCAAAGCUUCGAUUUGGCAGAUGACAAACCAUUAAAUUUACUCGAAUUCCAACCAAGGCGGAAAAAGAAAAUCCUUAGAGAUCUUAGAGUCACUGUAACAAAGUUGGAUACAUCAGACUCUUAUUCGCUGAAUGAAAGCCAUGAGAAAGCAGAGAAACUCCCAAGUGAAAAAUCGACAAGACAACAGUCGGAUAAAGUAAGUAAAAAUGAAAAGUCGCCAUCUGACAGAUUAGCAAAAGCUGAUAAACCUCAGUCUGAGAAAACUGAAAAGAAUCAGUUAGAGGGCAAAAGUGAUAGAUUGCAAACAAAAAAUAUUCAUGAUGCAGGCAGUGAAUGUGAGCCGAAAAGUACAGCAGAAUCGUUGGAUAAAAUCAAUUGUGUUUCGGACAAGACAGGGACCAGGAAAGAAUUUGCGUUGAACGUACCAAAUCCGGUUAAUCCAUUGGCAGCUUUAAUUUUAACAAAGAAAAAGAUCAGAAGAAGGAAGGCCAUUAAUCGAACUGGUUUUCCAACCUUGAAGAAAAAGAAAAAAAAGCUGCCAAUAAUAAGUAAUAACAUCAUGUUGCAGAAUGCAGCUUCUGUCUCUCAAACAUCUAAAUUCCGAAUUCCACGGGAGGAAGAUUUUAAAGAGUCUAAAUUUGAAGAUAAUGACUCGAUCUUAUCACAGGCAGAGACGCAAGACAUACUACCAAUUCUUGAUGACUCAAAAAUGCAAGAUAUGGAUUGUGACAAACUUGAUGAUACAGAAAUAGAAAUCAAUGAUUCUGAAGAUUCUGUCUCUCUGCAAGAUCUCCCUCUAGGAAGAAACAACUCUGAGAAAAUGUCAAAAGCUGUACCAGGACAGCUGCGAGUACGAAAGGAUCUGGUUGAAUGUGAUGGCACUAGGCCUUGCGACAAGUUAUGUCCUAUUAAGUAUGAAAAAGUACAAGAUUCUAGAAUUUAUGAUGAAAAUGCAACUUUAGAAGAAUCUCUUGAAAGGUACAAUCAAAGUCAAAGAGUAGCUGAACUGAAUGAAGAAAAUUUACGAAAACUGGAGCGAGCAAACUCACAAGAUAAUGUGAAAUUAGAAAUUUCUGGUAAUCUCAAUAAUAAUCAUGGUCACAAAAGGAGAAGGGCUUCAGUGAGUCCUUGUAAUUUAACAAUUAGGAAUUUAAAACGACUACGCAAUGCAGGUUACGAUACGGAAAGUGAUGCAGUGCCGAGUAGUGAUAUAGCCAGUGACGAUCACGAUCUUGGAAAACAUUUGGGGUCCUCUCACAGUCGGAAAAAACAACCAAGAUGGAAGAAAAGAUAUCUUCAAGCAGGACUCUUCUCAGAUUACUUCAAAGAAGAUGAACCUAGAAAAGUUUCCAACACCGAUAACAACUCCAGUAAAAAUAAAAUGGUUUAUGACCCUGCAGAGCACCCCCAUGGUUUGUUACCACCACCAUAUCAUUGCGGUAAAUUUUUACGACAGCGAAAGAUACCAUUUCAACUUCCUUACGAUCUAUGGUGGUUGCAUACCCAUUCGAGGUUGCCUGGCAGAGAUCUGGUGCCAUCAUGGAACUAUAGAAAAAUCAGGACGAAUAUUUACUAUGACGUUAAACCAACAACACUUUAUGAGGCUCAAGCAUGCGAAUGUAAAUCUGAAACUGGUUGUGGAGAGGAUUGUAUUAAUCGUAUGGUCUUCAGUGAAUGUUCUCCGCAACUCUGUCCUUGCGGAGACAAAUGCAAGAAUCAAAAAAUUCAGAGACAUGAAUGGUCACCUGGGCUGCAAAGAUUUAUGACCGAAGACAAGGGAUGGGGUGUUAAAACCCAAGAGCAUAUUAGGUCUGGCGAUUUCAUCCUUGAGUAUGUCGGCGAAGUGGUGUCUGAAAGAGAAUUCAAAUCCAGAAUGGCAACUAGAUAUGCAAACGAUACACAUCACUAUUGUCUGCAUCUUGAUGGAGGUCUGGUCAUCGACGGACACAGAAUGGGUGGAGAUGGUCGCUUUGUCAAUCAUUCUUGUGAACCAAAUUGUGAAAUGCAAAAAUGGAGCGUUCAUGGGUUACCAAGGAUGGCACUAUUUGCAUCACGCGACAUAAAAUCAGGAGAAGAACUCACUUAUGAUUACAAUUUUGCUCUUUUCAACCCUUCUGAAGGACAACAAUGUCGUUGUGGAAGUAACGCUUGCAGAGGAGUAAUUGGUGGAAAGAGUCAGCGAGUUGCUAGACCAAUAAUGGUAGCGGCUACACCAUCGCAAUCUGAUACCUCUGAGCGGCGCUCUGUAGGUCGACCACGUAAGAAUAUUCGAAAAUCGAACAUUGUCCAGUCAUCGAAUUCCAAGGGAAUUUGCAAAUCGCGGAAAUUGGGUGAUUCAAGUUUCUUACCCACGCCAUUGGUGAAGCCUAUGUCGCAUCAACAAAGAUGUUUCGCUCAGCAGCAUCACUGCUUUUUACUUCGAAAUUUGGAAAAAGUUCGGAGAUUAAAAUCAGUUUUGAAUCCUACUCAAGCUCAGACAGGUAAAAUAAAAGUUAACGUGAGUCAAAAUUUGAAGGAAAAAGGCACUGGGGAUGCUAAAACACAGUCCGAUGCAUUCUUCUCUCAACUAACUGCGUUAACUAAUACAAAUCCAAGAACUGUGAGGACCCGACGGCUUGCUCAAGCACAGGAUGAUCCAGAGGUUAAUAAGACUGCUAAACUGGCUAAGGUUUUGAAAGAUCUAUAUACCUUGGUAGCAACGGCUAAAGACGAAACUGGCCAACUAUUAUGUGCUCCGUUCAUUAAUUUGCCAUCGAAACGUAAGCUACCAGAGUACUAUGAAAAGAUUCUCGAUCCAAUUGAUCUGACAACAAUGGAUCAGUGCAUAGGCACUGGCCACUAUAAAACAGCAGAGCAAUUUGACCAGGACUUGAUAAGGCUUUUUGAUAACAAUGUCAAAUUCUUUGGUCGAACAUCUGAGAUUGGUAUUGCUGCAGCCAGAUUGAGGAAAAUGUAUUUGGGAAGUAAACUGGAAUUCAUUGAUGCCAUUACUGAAGCUAUGGGAGUUCCACCCUCACAAGGAUUUCUACCACCUAGAGGCUCGACUGCUGGUGAAGAAGACGUUAUUCGCUGCAUCUGUGGGUUGCACAGGGACGAAGGAAUGAUGAUCCAGUGCGAACGCUGCUUGGUUUGGCAGCACUGCGAUUGCGUUAAAGCAGAUACGAGCAUCGAGUCUUAUUUAUGUGAGAGAUGCCAACCUAGGCCCGUUGAUUUAGAGAUUCCACUUGAAGGUGAAGAAGAAGAAGAAGGCAAGCGGCAUUAUGUCACUCUCUUGAGGGGUGAUUUACAACUGCGCCAAGGUGAUACGGUAUAUGUGCUGAGAGAUACUCCCGAAAAACACACUUACAAAACUAUCCAAAAGCCCGAUUAUGAGCAGAUGGAUAUCUUCCGGAUCGAAAGAUUGUGGAAAAACGACAAGGGCGAACGAUUUGUAUUUGGUCAUCACUACCUGCGACCACAUGAAACUUAUCACGAGCCGACACGCAAGUUUUAUGAAAAUGAAGUAGUUUGUGCGCCUCUGUACGAAGCAGUACCUUGCGAACUUGUUGCCGGUAGAUGCUGGGUACUCGAUCCACACACAUAUUGUAAAGGCCGACCAGUUGGCUCUACUCCAGAACAUACAUAUGUCUGCGAAUAUCGAGUGGACCGAGCUGCCAGAUUAUUUACAAAGGUCGCACGUGCUAGACAUCACGUUUGUACAAAACCAUACGCUUUCGAGACCUUUACUCAGCGAAUGAAAUACUACCGAACUUAUUUGCCUCAUAGCUUAGAAGGUAUGCCAACUACCUCGGGUCACAAAACGCACAAGGAUAAAAAGAAAAAUCAUAAUCAUGAUUCAGAAGUACACGUCAAAACGGAUUCAAACAUCGAGUCUAUGAAGACAAACAACAAAGAUUCACAAAAGGCAACUAAUAAAAGGAUUAGACAACAAUCUAGUGAUAUUACUCAAAUUGCUGUGUCUUCCAUGAAUUGUCCACAGCGAGAUGAGCAGAGAAAAAGGUUAAACUCUAUUUUGGUUGGCCUAUUACAAAGAAUGCCGAACAAAAAGGAUCCAUUGGACUUGUCGUUCCUUUUAGAACGGAACAGAAGAAAUCGUAAGCGACCAGGUGGGCUUAACCCAUGACAUUGGUUAAUAACCCAUUGAUAAGGUCGCACCACAAUACAAGUAGUUAGUAGAGAUCAUAAUGCAUUACAGCCAACCCCGCAUCUAAUGAGUAAGUAAAUUUAAAAGUUUCAUAAAUUUUCGGAACAAAAUUGCAGGGUCAACAAAAUUUCGAAUUAAAAUUUUUGUACAAACUAUUUGAGAAAACCAAAAAAACAAAAAGGAGAAACGAAAAAAUGUUAAAGCUAUGGUAUAAUUACAAAUACGAACAAUUAUUUGUAAUAUUUGUUCAGAUCAAAAUUUUUUAGCAUAAUUUCGAAGAACAAGAUUAAUAAAAUGCUAUCUAUUAUUCAGCAGGUUUGGCUGUUCAAAUUUUUAUUCUUAAUUUAUUGGAUAUAUCAAUAGUGUACAGAGUUGUUUAUAAAUUAUUUUUAUUAUUAUCGAAUUGAAUAUUGCUAAGCAAAUAGUUAAUUAAUUGUACAAAUUAUAGAUUACGCGUGAGAGACAAAGAAUGAGUGAAGCUUGUUGCACAAAGUAAUAUUAUAUUUUUAAUAACUCCGGUGUUGGAGAGAAUAACUGUAAAAUAGAAUAUGAUAUCGAAGAUAGUUACGUUAUUGACUAUAGUAUUUAAAUUAUUAUUAUUAUUAUUAUUUACUAUUGUCACUUUUAUCAACAAUAUUAUUACGAUUAUAGCCAGUUUGGCCGACAAAUUUGAUUUUAACUUUAAAAUGUAUAUACACAUGUUUGCAUAUUUAUUACGUUUAUAUUUAAUA